AUGCCACGUCUUUACCGGAAAGUCGUUCUUAUUGUGAUUUUAAGUCGCAUUUCUCAAAAUACUGCACUUCAGAGCUCUCUAGGUCAGGGCAAGGUCUGUGGGGAGGUAGCUAGGACAGAAAUCUACUCUGUGACAGGGACAAAAGGGGAAGGAUCUGCAGUUUGGAGGCUGCCAACAGUAUUUACAAGGACAGCAUCGUGUGACUCCAGUGUUGACAAUACAAUAGUGAAAACUGCAAACCUGAGAUGGCAGGAGGUCUCAGUGAUUAUGGCUGAAUUUGACGCAUUUGUGCUGGUAACAGCCUAUGUACCUAAUGCAGGCCAAGGUCUGUUACGCUUGGGGUACUGGCAGCACUGGGAUGAAGGCUUUCACAAGUUCCUGAAGGGUUUGGCUUCCCAGAAACCCCUUAUGCCAUAUGGGGACCUCAAUGUGGCUCAUGAAGAAAUCGACCUUCACAACCCCAAGGGAAACAAAAAGAAUGCUGGCUUCACUCCACAAGAGCGUCAAGGCUUUAGGGCAUUACUACAGGCUAUGCCACUGGCUGACAGUUUCCAGCACCUCUACCCCAACACAGCCUAUGCCUAUACCUUUAGGACCUACAUGAUGAAUGCUCGAUUCAAAAAUGUCAGUUGGCACCUUCAUUACUUUUUGUUGUCUCACUCUCUGUUACCUGCAUUGUGUGACAGCAAGAUCCAUUCCAAGGCCCUGAGCAGUGACCACUGUCCUAUCACCCUACACUUAGCACUGUGA